AUGUUUGCGGCAAAGAUCAAUGUCGCCUCGCUACUCCAGCCCCAUCUUGACAAACACCCUGGCAGCGCAGGUCCAGUUUCGGGGGUGUCUUCGAGUCCUCGAGAUGUCCGGUUCGACGUUCAGGUAGGAGUUUCCUAUAACUCAAACGGUUAUGGUCAGUGA